AUGCGACUGCCCCAAAGGGCUUCGCUUUCACCCAAGAAACAGCAUCUGCUGCGCCGGGAGUCACUUCAGAGGGUAACGCCACAGGCCACUGAAACGACAAGAGAAGCUGGUAACCUCGAAAGCACGAUUCCUCCAACAGAUACCAGGUGUGGUCGACCCUGCAAAACCUCCCACAAAGUGCCAUGUGGUGCUGCAGGGUCAGAGGCUGAUUCAGCUUCUGUCAGGCUGGCAAGACAAGGAGGCAGACCUGACCUGCUGAAGCGCUACAGUCCUGUGACAAUGAAGACCUCUCUAGCAGGUACUGCACCUAACUGGUCCUUGCACCGCUCCAAUCCCCCAGCACCCAACAAGCCCCAGAGCUCUAUUUCCUCUCUCCCAGAUUAUAUGGUUCGUCGAGAGUUUGAGGCUGACAACCAUCAUGGUAAUAGUUACGAGACAGGAAGAGAGCCUUCUGAUUUUGAUAUGAAAAGUGUUUGGCAGCGGGAUGCCAAAGAAAACACAAAGAAAAAGAAGUUAAAGCUCCCAGCUAGAAACUCCAAAUGUGCGAGCAGAAUGCCAAAUGUUUCUACAAACAAGGACUUUAGCAGCAAAACUAAGCUUUCCUUUCCUCCUCUACCUGCUCAGACUAGAAGUGAAGUGUUUAGGUUUAGCAAUUUAAUUAGCAAUGGUGACGGGAUUGACUGCUUUUGGGAGCGUAACAGAUGGGAAGAAAAGGUUCAAGAAACAUCAGAAAAUAGUGAGCGGACCAAAGGCAGCAACAUUUUCAGCCGCUGUGCUGCAACCCACACCCAAGCCAACACUCACCCGGAACGCAGCAGGAGAGCCAUCUCUGAGAGUGACAUCAAAUUGCUCUCUCUGUGCAUGGAGCUGCUCACCAUCAAUGACAGCAUCAGAUGGCAGAGCUCAGUGCAGUCCUGA